CUCAUUCGCAGGUUGCAGCAUAUCAUUCCUCAACAUUAUCUUUCCUGCCUGCUAUGGAAUGUGCCCCUAGUCCUGUAUAUUGUCAGUGCUAAUCCAAUGGGUGCUUUGGCCUUCCGAAUCCAGCAUGUACAAAGUGCAGAUGACUGCCAAAAUCACACUACACAUUUCAGACCUACCUUUGCUCUGGCAGGAGAGCCCGUCAUCCUUCAAUGCCCUCCUUUCCAAUACAAAAAUAUGGACUCCUCCAACCUGGUCCUUAAUCUCACUUGGUAUAAAAAUGAUUCAACGACACUUAUCUCAGCAGGAAGUGGAGAAAAAAGAAUUCUGUCUCAAGAAGAGAUGCUCUGGUUUUUACCAGCUUCUCUGCAGGACUCUGGGGAAUAUAUUUGCACUCACAGAAAUUCCUCACAUUGUGCUGAUGUGUCCAUUUAUCUACAAGUGUUUGAUAAAAGUGCUGCUCAUGAGAUUUCCUUUCGCCAGAAGGCCUUCACACUCAGCCCUGCAGAGGUGGUUUGUCCUAACCUGGAAGGUUUUGUACAAAAGGGUGCCAGCUAUGAACUCAAGUGGUACAAGGCUUCAACACCUCUGAAUAUAGACAAUGAAAAAUUCAUUGCUUUGAAGGGGACAGAUUAUCUCACCAUCAAUUCUGUGACCUUAGAUGAUGCUGGCUACUAUACCUGCCAGUUGACCUUUGAACAUGGAACAAUGCAAUAUAACGUUACCAGGACUGUUUUGUUACAAACACUCGAUCCAGUGAGGAAAAGCAUACCUGUGAUUAUAUAUCCAACAGAGAAGAUUACACUGGCAGCUAUUGGUUCCCGAUUGAUCAUCCCAUGUAAAGUGUAUAUUGCAGCGAGCAUUGAGUUUUUUACGGAUGUCUGGUGGCAGGCAAACAAUACGGACAUUGAUUUGGUUUACCAUAAUGGCAGAGUCAUGGAAGGCAAGCGCCAGGACCUUGUUGAAAAUGAUGACACAUACAUUGAGGUGCCACUGAUUUUUGACCGCAUCAAGGAAGAAGAUUUCCAUACAGGUUUCAAGUGUUUGGCCACAAAUACUCGGGGGUUUCAGGUGCAUACGACACAGGUCAAACGAGAAGAGCCUGGUCUGUCUUGGUACUUUUCAACCAUUCCUGUGGCUUUGGCCAUUCUAAUUAUGGCAGGGGUCUGCAUUCACAUGUGUUGGAAGCAACGGUCUGCGAAAGGAUAUAUAUUGACCAAAUUCUAAAGAAUAAAACCUGCUGAAGCAUUGGGAAAAUGCUCACUUCUUGAUUCAACAACAUGUGUUAUUUGUAAUUUAUGUCUUUUUUUAGUUGGGACCUUGGUUUAUUACUCUGUAAAUGCGGGAAAGUAACUAAGACAAGGUUCAUGAUGGCUCAGUUGGAAUUUGUGACUAUUUCUCUUUCAACAGUUGGUCUCAGGACAUUUAACAAGCUGCUUUUGAAACUUCUGUCAGUCCCAGAAGCAGAAUACCGUGGUCU